UUUUGGCAGCAGACGGAGACACAAAGGAAAAUGUUCUCGCAAUCAGAUCGCGAGUAGAGUCCGAACACAGAGCACUGAAAAUUGUUUAGCCAUCUCGUCAGUGAAUUUUCAACCGCGGGGCAUUACGCAAACACGAGGAGAUUAGUUGGAGAUAUAUAGGAGAUAUAUAGGAGAUUAUCUGACUGCUGGCGGGGAUUGCUAUCGAUGUCCUCCACUUCGCUGACAUCCUGUGCCUUGUGCCAGGCCAAAGCCUCGCAGCUGUGCGCCGCCUGCAGGAAUGUGGUCUAUUGCAGUCGGGAGCACCAGAAGGAGCAUUGGAAGAAAGGUCACAGAUCGGAAUGCAAGUGCUUCGAAAUAGCCACCAACGAAAUCUUGGGCAGGCAUCUAAAGGCCACGAGGGAUAUUAAAAUCGGAGAGCAAAUCUUGAAGGAGGCACCCCUGGUCGUGGGUCCAAAAGUGGCCUCAGCUCCACUGUGCCUCGGCUGCCACAGGAAUCUGUUGGCUCCGGAAAAACCCCAAGGAAACUACUAUAAAUGCAGCUCUUGCAGUUGGCCUUUGUGUGGAAGGGAGUGCGAGGACUCGCCGCAUCACAAGGCCGAGUGCCAACUCAUGUCGGGCAGCAAUUUCCAAUCGAAAAUAAACUAUACUCCUGGAGAGGAGGAGCGAAAGGAGUCCGCUUACUGUGUGAUCAUGCUGCUUCGUUGCAUGCAACUCAAGACCAAGAAUCCCGAUGCUUUUCUUAAGCUUUACUCCCUGGAAGAUCACCUCAAGGAGCGAUUGGAGACGCCUUUGUAUCAAGUACUUCGUGCCAAUCUAAUAACAUUUAUAAAAACCGUAUUGGGCCUAAGGGAUUGGUCCGAGAUUGACAUCCUACGGAUUGCUGCUAUUCUGGAUACAAACACCUUCGAAGUGAGGCAACCUAGGGAGAGGAGAAAGGUGCGAGCCCUAUUUCCCGAAGCCGCAAUGAUCUCGCACGAUUGUGUGCCCAAUAUGAGGCAUCGCUUCGAUGACGACAUGAACAUCGUGUUCCUGGCCAAGAGGAAGAUAGCCAAGGGCGAGAUCCUGAGUAUUUCCUACACCCAGCCACUGAGGAGCACCAUCCAGCGCAGGGUGCACUUGAGGCAGGCCAAGUGCUUCGACUGCUCCUGCGCCAGGUGUCAGGAUCCCGAGGAGCUGGGCAGCUUUGCAGGGGCCCAGACGUGUCUGAAAUGCAAGGCAGGAAAGAUAAUCUCCCUGAAUCCCCUUCAAAAUUCUGCCGUUUGGAAGUGUCAGCUUUGUAAUCUUAAAAGGUCAGCAAAAGAGGUGGUCACUUCGGAUGCGGAGCUUCAGUUGGAAUUGGAAUCGUUGGACAAAACAACGCCCGUAGCUCUCGAAGAAUUCAUUUAUCGUCAUCGUGCUGAUCUCCAUGACACCAAUACCCAUAUUCUUCAAGCUAAAUACGCUCUUACCCAAUUAUAUGGAAGUGCUCCAGGAUUUGCCAUGGAGGAACUCUCUGAAGAAACGCUGACAAGAAAAGUGCAACUUUGUGAGGAACUCUUGGAACUGGCCAACAUUUUCGAUGGUGGUUGGAGUAUUUUCCGAGGAAAUCUACUCAUAGAUAUGGAAGAAGCUCUGGUGGCGCAAGCUCUACGCUCGGAAGACCCAGUUGAGUGUGAGGAAAAGCUGAGAAACGCUGCGGAAAUGCUCAGAGAAAUCCGAAACAUCAUGAAACACGAACCGGAAAUGCAACAGUUGCUGCUUGAACGUCAAGUCAUCUUAAAUUCUGCCCUGGAGCGCUUUGAACAAGUUGAAAAUUAAAUCAAUUUACAUUUUUGCUAUUGUUUCUUA